UUCAGUUAAAUAACAAGAAAGAAAGUGAUCAAAAGUGCUCAUAAUUAAAAUAAUUUAAUUGUUCAAAAUGUACAAAAUUUCAAUUCUGCUAAUAAGUUUUAUAUCUUUAUGUUUAUCAUAUGACUUUAAGGAUUCGGCAUUUAAUGAAUACCUAAUUGAUGAAUUAAAAGAUGUGAAUUCAUUUAGUGCACCAGGAUUUCGAUUUAAAAGAGAUGCAUCAGAGGAGAAAUGUUCACAUCAUAAAGGAAUGCAAUGCUGCAAAUCAGAAAAAAAUAAUCCAUCUGACUUUGAAGAAAUAAAGAAAUUUAAAGCGGAAUGCUACAAAGAAAUUAAAGGCGAUGAGGAUUUAAACAUAGAUCCUUUCGAUUGUGAAAGUGCACAAAAACUAAAACAAAAUCUGAUUUGUAUGAGUGAAUGUCUAGCUAAAAAAUUUAAUUUACUUAAUGAAAAUGGUGAAUUAGAUCGUGCUAAAGUAAUUGAACAUUUAAAAAAAAAAUUUGCUGAAGAAUCAUGGAAAUUGGAAAAAAUUGAAGAAGUAACUGAUAAAUGUUUAACUGAAUCAAAUGAAAAACCAUCAACUGAAAAGAAUGAUUGUAAUGGUCAAAUAUUAAAAAUGUUCCAUUGCACAUGGAAAGAAUUUAUUCAACAUUGUCCAAAAGAUUUACAAAUCGAUUCAAUGAAAUGUAAUAAGCUUCGUGAAAAAAUUUCUAAAAAUGAUGAAAACUAUUUGAAAUUGGCCCAAUUUCAUCGGCUAGUUCACUUUUUCCAAAAAGAAGAAUAAAACUAUGGAAUUUGAUUUUUAAGAAAUUUUUGAUAUAAAAUUAUUUUUGUAGCUAUCUCUAUAUAACUUUUAAUAUAUUCUAUGAAAUCAAACAUAAAAUAUAUGAUAAGUUCUACCAGCA